UUUCUCAGAAUCAUUUAAUUCUAUGAGUUCUAAUAUGAGAGAUAAACCAAUAAUCCAACUAGGCAUGAUGUAUGGUCAGUUAGUAAUGGGUUUGUUAUUUAAGAGAAGGGAAGAAUCUGCUAAGUGGAAUCAAAAUGAUUUGGUCCCUGCUGCUGUUAAGUUGAUAAAUAAGAUGCUUGACUUGGUUGGGAAGUUUGAUACAGAAGGAAGUGUGGUUGGACAGGUUUAUUUGGUAACUAAUGUGUCUACCAAGAAAAUUUUCACAGUGAACAUUGUAGACAAACAAUGCACUUGUUUGCAAUGGCAGCUAAGGGGAUUCCCUUGUCAACAUGCUGUAUGUGCAUUGAAACUGCUCAGGCCAAACUGGAAAGAUUAUUGUGCUCCUUACUACUCUGUGGAAUAUUAUAGGACCAUAUAUGCAGAUGCUGUAAAUCCACUAGAAGACAUAAGUGAAUGGAACUGGGAAGAUAAGGCAUCCAUGGACAUCAACUUAAAGCCUCCUCCUUAUCAAAGAAAAACUGGAAGACCAGCAAAGAAGAGGAAGAGGAGCUAUGAUGAACCUGAAACUGUGGUGAAGAAAAGGAAAUGUGGAAAGUGUGGAUCUACUGCUGGUCAUAAUAAGAGAACCUGUGCUGGUGGUGAUGUUGGUAAAAACCCAACUGGAUUCAUGCCAAGCACCGAGUAUGAUGCUGCAAACUGCACCUUCACUAGUAGAGAUCAUCCUGAAAGUAGCAGUGCAAGGGGUAAAGCAAAGGUGAACAAAUCCAGAGGUACAUCUUCAUUUGUUGGUGAGUCAACAGGACCUAAAAACUUUGGAAGAGCACCAGCAGAACCUAGCACCCAUGGAUCUACACAAGAUGUUCUGAAUUUCAGUCAGAACUUUACUGGUAUUGGAUCUGUUAGUCAACAUAUUCCUGUCACAAAGGGAAAGAAAAGCAAGGCUAAGAAGAAGUAG